AUGUCCUUUGAGGAGGAGAUAGAGGUAAGUCAUCAGCAUGAUCUGUUGAAGGAUGAGAAGUGGACAUACCAGCAAAAGCCCGUUUUUGUGAUGGAACGAUCGUCAAGUCUUCUGUUGCUAUGGGGACUAAAGGCUCCGCCCCUCGAUGGUCAGUCUGGAUCGAUAAUAAAAAACUACCACCAAUCACAAGUAGGCACGAGAAUGUUAACAGACGACUGCAUCAAAAGUGUUCUGAAUAUGUAUUGCAAUAUAUCUAUAAAACAUACAGCAGCGACGGCCCAUCAGAGUUUAGGAUCGUCACAGUGGAAGAGGGUCGUAGAGGUGUCACGACCCAAACUCCAUCAGAAAUGGAGGAGUGGAGGAAUACGACGAUGUGGCGCUUUCCAAAUUUAGCUAGUUUCUCAGUCACUGGAAUUUGAGUUU